CCUACAGAGUGCUCUACGGUACAACCGAUAACGACCUUCUUCAACGCCUAUUUUAUCCAUUCAUAUGCCGAUUUAGAAGGUCACACAGGCGCCGAGGAGCUGCAGACCUGCUGUCCGUGAAGAAAUAUCAAGCAUGUAAUUGAAAUAUUUGGGCGGCGCGACAAAAAAGCCCUCCCAAUAUCUGUUUGGCCCGUGAUUCCCGCGUUCUCCUCGCCCAGAGCUGCUGCCGGGCCCGCCAUGAACGAGGACGCUCACCUGUGCCUUAGGUGUCGCGCCACCAUCAUCGGCCUUGACCAUUACGUGGCACACAGGCAGGCAGGAUGUGUUCCGGACACUGCCCGCCAGACCAAGCAGCAUCCUGAGGCGUCCACGGCUGACAGGGAUAUGAAAAGCUACACUAAGAAACACCCCCAUGAAACAGAAGGAUCAAGAAGUCCUUCCGAUACAUCCUUUCCAGACAACACCCAUCCACUGAGCCAAGACAGCGAUAGGAUCAUAGCUAACGAAAGACAUGACAGCACCACUACCAGUCAUAAACCAGAGAAUGUAAGUACGGUAAAAUAUCAGUCCUCAGAAUCUGCUUUAAGAGACUGCUACGUCGAUCAAGCCGGACAGGCAUCAGAGAACUCAGGCCGCGCGGCGGAUGCCAGCUCCCUCCAUGAACCAUAUGCGGUGAUAGAAGAUUUUACUGCUUCAUUACCCCAACCACAUUCCGAAGCCUCCAUCAGUGCCAGUCACCCUGAACUGAAGCACAAGUCCCAAGAAUCCCUGGGCCUCAGCCACAGACCAAGCUCGUCCCAGGCACCCUUCACAGGUUACAAAGACCCCUUGCUCCUUCAUGGUCAUGAUACUCCCAACAUCUUGAGGCACUUCGACUCCUUCAGUGACCAUCAGAAAAUUCCCCAUGAAGGCGAGUCUGAGUCCCACAGCGAAACUAUGGCGCUUUUCAAAGUUUCGUCUUCUGCAUAUGAACUUGAGAGUCAAAACUUCGAACCAAGAUACUCAGACUUUUACUCCAUUCAGCCCACGCCACAGGAACCGCUGCUGACCAAUGUGUCAAACCUGGGACAGAACAAGACCAAAGGGGUAACACAGGGAGACAUCAAACUGUCGGAUAACAUAGAAAACCAAAGUCUGAAAGACGAAGAAAUAACUAAAGAGGAUAGGUACGAAAAAGACGUCCAGGAGGAAAAAGAAGAGUUUCCGAGCUCAAGUCUGAAAUUCAGUGAGUCUGGAAACACUGAUGAUGUUCAAGCGAAACCAGACCUUCGUCAAGAUGAUUUCCUCUCCUCCCUAGAGCUUCGCAGCAGCGUGAAGGUUCCGACGAAGAGGCGACACGAGGAAGAUGAUGACAUUGAUGAAGAUGAAGAUGACGAAACGAGACCUCCUUACCACCACACAGGAGGAAAAUGGAGGCCGGGCAGCCGACCUCCGCCUUCAGUGGGAGGGAAGUGGAGACCAUCAACGCCGAGGACAGAACUUGAGGAAGAAGAUGAAGAGAUGGAAGUAGACUACACAGAAGAGGAGGACGGAUCCUUGAUGCCUCCUCCUCCAACCUACACUAAGGGAAAGUGGUUGCCUGGCAAAAAGAUGACAAAUAUCAUAAAAGUUGGGAGUACAAUUGAGUACCAUUGCCAGGCAUGCAACCGCGUCCUCAAGGGUAAGAAGGCAUACGAAAGACACUUGAAGUCUCAAUUGCACUUCGUCAACGAAAACAAGGCAUCAGGGCAGAGAAAACCAAAAGUAUCAAAAGAGAUUCCUCCGAUAACAGAAUCCACUAGACCCGUCAGAUCCAAAAAACUGCAAGCUCAGAAUUUUCUCAAGUCGACCAUCGCUCAUCUCAAAAGCAGAAAAAUAGGUUCCCACAAUGCCACAAGCGUCAAGCAAGCAACAAACCGAACGCUUACCUGGAAAGGUGUGACUGGAUCCUACCCUCCUGACAUUACUGGAGCGCAAAGCACUACUGAAGAAGAGGAGCAACCAGUUGAUGAAGAAGAGGAAGUACAAAAACUCUCGUCGGCUACCCCAAAAAUGUUAUGCCCCGUCUGCAAGCUGUCUUUCGGAAAGGCUUAUGCUGCAUUGCAUUUCGCUUCCUUAGCUCACAUCCACAACGAAUUAGAGGAGCGACAAAACAAAAGCAAAGAAAUUGAUUCAAACUUUGACAAACUAAUAAUACAAAACAUUGGCGCCAUUGUUAAAACAUCUUCAUUCUUUUGUGAAAGCUGCAAAUUUUAUUGUAACCUUCACGAAGACUUUCUCGCACACAUGAAAACACACACAGAAGAUCCUGAGGAUGACGUAGUCAAAACAAUGUUCUCCUGCUCCGCAUGUUCCGACGAAGACCCAAUGCAACUUCCUGCCAUUUUGCAUCACCUGCAGACUCCCCAUCACGCGUGCAAUGCCAGAGACGUAGUGCUGCAGGCCCGGCAGGUGAUACUGUCCAGCAGGACCCUCGUUGUUUGCCCCCUGGGUGAUGGAACCUUCCGCUACCACCGAGAGUACCAGACCCAUCGCAGGAUCCACCACCAGGAGCCAGGCUUCCAGCUUUCCAACCAUCGAGUAUUACGCUGCUCUCAGUGUGACUUCAAGGCCGUGCGAAAGCAACAAAUCCGUACCCACAUGAAAGUUCACGAAGUUCCUCAAGGCACUAAUGACUCCUACCACUGUUUUGUGUGUGGACUCUCCUUUUCGACGACGCGUCAGGCCGAGGUGCACCGGAGGUCUGCCGAGCACCGCACAACCCUGUGGCGGCAGCGCGGCGUCUCGGUCAGCAGAAUCUGUAACCUUUGUUACGAGGAGGUUGAGGACCUGCCAGCGCUGCGGCAACACAUGUCUAAGACGCAUCAGAAGGACUGCACACCCUGUCACCUGUGCGGCAUAGUUCCGCCACUUCGCUCUGACCUCGCCAAACACCAACGUGUGUGUGAGGGCGUUCCUGGUGACCUAGAAGGAAAGCACAAAUGUGACCUGUGCCCCUUCAAAAAUGACCUGCUCGCCCACGUCCUUACCCAUAAGACACUGGCCCACAGUGAGCGGCAGACCGACGGCCGCUACGCCUGCCACAUAUGCAAGACGAAGCUGCAGGCGGCAUCAGUGAAGGGCCACAUGUUAAGCCACAGCAACGAGUGGCCACACGCCUGCCACGUUUGUUCCCGCAAGUUUCUGCAUCACGACUGGCUUGAGAAGCACCUCUCAGCCGUUCAUACCUGCGGUGCCCACGUCCACUCUGCCCAGAGACCCGCCCUCUGCGACACAUGCGGGAAGACCUUCUCCAACAGGUGGCACCUCUACCGUCACCAACUGGACGCCCACGCCAAAGCCUCUCCCUCGGUGUCCUCAAAGACGGAUCCUGAGGCGCCAGAUUCCCCCCGACCAGCCAACAAAGACGCCUGUCGCCCCCCCUCCCAGCGCCUGCCCAAGACCAAAGAACCUCCAGCCCGAUCCUUCCUGUGUGACGUGUGUGGCAUAAAGUGCCAGACGCUCACCAUCCUCAAGACGCACCGGCAGUCCCACAAGCGGGGAGAGGGAGACAAGUAUGAGUGUCCCCACUGCAACUACGCCACCGGCCACCUCCCCCAUCUGCGGCGCCACCUCCGCCUCCACACCGGCUCCACGCCCUACUCCUGCCCCUACUGCGCCUACGUCUGCAACAACCAGGAGAACCUUCGGAAACACAUGCUGAAAACCAAGCGUCACCCCGGGAGGUUCAUGUACGAGUGUCGGCUGUGCAUGCCGCCCCAAGACCAGCCAGGCAAGGACUCGGUCGCCGCGAGCAGCCAGUCGCUGAACCCAGAAACUUCCUCGCCGCAAACUACAGACUCUUCAGCCGCCCAUUCACUGGAACCUGAAUCGUCUGCUUCCGAGUCCCACGACCCUGGAGGAUCCUUCUCACACCAGCUUAACCCUCAACCUUCCUCCUCACAAACACAGGGGUCUCAGGACCCCCAAACCCAAACUUAUGAGGCCUCCAAGCCCCAGGCUGCCGGCGGGUGUCAUCCCCCAGGACCAGAAGCGUCGCUUCCCCGCGAGGCUUCUGUGUACUCGAAUGUAGAUUCAACAAAUGUUAAGACCGAGAACUCCAACGUCUUUUGCAGUAACUACGCCACGCAGUUUCAUGUCCAUAUCCUCGAGAAGCACAAGGAAGCUUUCCAAACGAAGGAGGAGAUAACGCAGCACAUCCGCAGCUACUACCACGCGGAGCAGGACACCACCGUCACCACCGACCCGCUCCCCUUCGUCCACAAAAAGCGAAGCAGCGAGCCGCAGCCAUCCAGACCCUUGGGCACGUCCCCGAGGUCGUACAGCUCCCGAGCAGCCCGCGCCAGGCGACGCCCAGAACGUCUCCAUAUCAAAGCCGAGACUGGUGACCCUGACGACCCGGCCGGCGAGGGCACCAGCCAGGCCAACGAGGACGUCUUGUCGCAGCUCAGGCGUUCCCUUCACAUUGAAGAGUUCGGAUGCGACAACAAAGCGGCAAGUGAUGCUCAAAAUAAGGAAAUGGAUGUCAGGCAAAGCGCGGAGACAGAGGAUGAAGAGAACAAGGGAGCGAGGAGAGACGGCCAACAUCUUGGGCAAGAAGACAAGUCAACAGGAUCUAGCGCUUCCUUGACCGAGGCCGACGCUGGCGCGGACAGCCGAGGUGCAAGUUCUUGUCUUCGCAGGCCGCCGCCCUCCCUACGGUCGCCCAGCCGCCCGUCCAUCCUCAGGUCCGGGGCGCCGCAAGGGGAGGCCGCGCAAUCCUUGAGGAUCAUGAUACAACAGCUGCAGGGGGACACCACAGUCGAGGUGGAUGACGAUGGGACGCAACAAGUCAUCAUCAUCUUGCCGGACAAGCUCGGGGAGCAGCCGGGGGACGUGGCCACGUUGCUGCCCAGCCUCGGCCUCGCCUCCUCGCCGGACGGUUGUGGUUCAUUGGGCAUGGUGCAGCAGCACAAGGACCUCGAGCACCAGCCUCUGGCGGCUAAGGACGCUGCUGGCGGCGCUGUCAUCAUGCAGACGGACCAGAUGAUCGCCCUGGACACUCAGGUGGUAACGGAUCCAACUAUUAUAUCGGACGAACCGGACGUGGUGGAUCAGCAGCACACUCCCGUGGUGCUGUGCUCCCAGCAGCAGCCUCAGCAGCAACAACACAAACAAGUCCUCCAUUCAGCUCAGGUCUUCAACCCUCUCCAAGUUGUCGCCGAGGCAGCAGAGGCUCUGACACAAAACGAACUUGUCACUCGCGAAAGUCAUCAAAUCCUGACUGUUCCUCACCAGGUCCUGAGCCACGCUCCGGCUAGUGGAGAUGUGCUCACCGAGCCGCCAGCGUCUAGGCCUCCCCAGCUAUUAGACACUACAAUGUUUGAAGCCUCGGGCGUGCGACACUCGGAGGUGACACACGUGACGGAGGGGCACACGGUGUUGCCGCCGAGAGCUACACUGAGCUUCGUCGACGAGCGGGUGCCGCCAAGGAACCCAGAAAAUGCCCCGGAGGAGGGAGAGAUCAUCUACUCGUUCACUCUUCAGUAGGGCCGGGAGACCUCUUCAAAGCAAACGACGAAUCCAAACACAACAGUAUCCAAUGUGGCUUAAGCAAGCAUGUCAUAUCAGCCACUAUAUCUACAUUUGCUUGUGGUAACGCAACAAAUGCAGCCUACAGUAUUCGUUGACAAAGUCAGCCACUCACUAGUUUAAUCAAAUAUAUCCAAUAAAAGGAAGAUAUAUGCAGAAAGCUUCUCCUUUUCAUGAAUAUGCCUCACCCCCAUUUUCUC